AAUGGAUAAAGACCUUUCAGAAAUUACCCAGAAUGAGAAUGCCAGCUUGUUCUCGUACUCCUGAACUGUAUCUGAUAAUAUCAGCAAAGUGCGGAAAAGCGGGCCAGAAAUUGCGCCAAAACAUGACAUUUUACUUGGUGCCCAAGUGGAUGGCGGUAUAUCUAUCUCAAUGAAUAGUAAUGAAGAGAUAAGCUUUGUAACACCAGAUUCAAAUGCUGCCAGGCCUAAAAUGAAUCUGAAGAAUAACUUAUUCGUUAAGAGAGGAGCUGUUCCUAAUACUAAAUUGAUUUAUGAAGAUAGACACAAGAACUUAUGCUCUCCAAAUCAAAUAGAUAGAUCCAAAGAGGUUGAGAUGAGCCCUUGAUUGUUGAACCAACAUGAUCCUGCUAUAUAUGAAGUCUUUAGACCUCUGGAAAAUCUUGAUAUGAAGAAGUACAACACAAGGAAAGAACCCCUACAUCUUCGGGAUCUUUCUAAUGAGGAGCAAAAAUCCCAAAACUUGCAUAAGCAUAUGAAAGGAUCUUUCGGAGUCAAUAUUGAUGUAAAUACUCACGAAAGGACCUCUUCAAGGGAGAAUUUUCAUCCAAAUAUUAUGUUCAACGAAGAAAGUAGGAACAUGUUUAAUCAUGUACCAACUAUCACCAAUGACAGUAAGGUGCUGGAUCUCACUGGAAGGCAGAGCUUUCCAAAAGAAGUCGAUGUUAGUAAGGAGACUCUGAACCCAAGGAACUUUUAUGAAGAUAAAGAUCCAAAUAACGACACAUUAAUCAUUCCUGAUUUCACAAAGGAGAACUAUAAAGAUCAAGUUUUCUUCAAUAUCUGUAACUUCGCUGAGCUUCCAGACCAGAAGAUUAGUGAUCAAUCCAGAAUUCGGAUGGAUAAAGAAAAGCAGGAGUAUGCUGAAGAUGUUCUUGGCGCUGCCAAGAACCUGAUAUUCAGUGACCUGAGCUUGUUUAGCGCAUCUAAUAGGGAAGGCAGCAUUUCUUUGCACUCUGAAUUCAUGAAAUAUGACACAAAUAAGCCUAGCGAUAAGUCUAAAGUAAACCUUGAGAAAGAAUUUGGAGAUGAUAAAUCUCCAAUUUUGAGCUUUGACUCAAAGAGUAAUUUUGUUGUUGAUGAAGACCAAUUCUCUCAAAGUUCAAGCCAGGACUCAGUACUUUACUCUCCAAUGAACCUCAGCAAUUACCAGUUACCUGCUGAUGAGACUGAGGAGUUAAGGAAUUCAAAAAUCCUUUAUGAAAGUAGAAUAAUCAAAGACAAAAGAGUAUUAUACAAGCCAAAGAGGGAUAUGGAAAAAUCUCCAGUGUUGAUAAACCAAACCCCUGAGAUUUUGAAGAAGAAAUCUGGUCAGAAUUUUAUAAAUAAUUCUCCAGAAAUGGGGAAGGACUUCUGAUUAUCAACAAUGGUGACUGCUGAGAACAACAAUAAACCAUUUGAGUAUAAAAGCAUAACUCUGCAAAAUCCACUGAAGGAAAGUCAUGAUUCAAGUAGUUACUCCAGAUGCUUCUCUAAAUCAUCUAACAUGACUAGGAGUAGACUGGAAAGCUCCAAGAUCUCCCCACACACUUUCUCUUCAAACACAAAGGAAGAGAACGUGAACAUAAGUUCUGACUCAGCUUGUGAAGCAUCCGAAAAUUUUGAUGAUGUUAAUGAAGCUGUUGCAUAUAUGAAAAGCUCUAACCUCCCGGAAGGACAGAGAUCUGGCUCAACUGCUUAUAUCAUCUCUCCCAAAUUUACAAGUGAGGAGUCCUCUAAGGAAUCCUGUGAGAAGUCAGAACCACUUGGAAUUUUUAAAAGCUUUAAUGAUCCAAAACAGAAGGAAAUGCAUAAAACUCAGAGGGUUUCAACUCUUUCGAUGAAAUUUAAGGAUUUGGAGCUGAACAGAGAGCAGUGGAGGAAAAAUAAAGAACAACAGAGAUUAACUAAAACUUUUAACAAGUUGUCAGGCUCCAGAAAUGUUAGCAAGAGUAAGGGAAAACUUAUUGUCCCCAAACUCAGGUCUACCACUCCAAGCCAUCUCUUUGAAGGAGGGUGUUUUAGAAAAGACCUGAUUCUUGACAAGAAUGAAGGGAAUUUCACAGGAAGAAGCAAGCGUCAGUUGAAUUUCUCUCUUGCAAACAAGGGGAACUUCAAAUUCAGGACUCACUCUAGCAACUCUGACAAUACCUAUGCUCUCCCCCAAAAAUCAACAGUGAGUAUAAAGUCUCGAAACAACCGUGACUGCUCGGCAAGCUCAGUUGUGAACAUUGUGGGAAUGAAUAACUCAAGAAACGCUAGCAAGGCUGCAAAGUACAAGAUCAUCAAGAAGGGGUACAAGACUCAAAGGGAGAAGAGGAAGAUCUCCCCUAGUCCCACUCUCAAGCUGAAGGUCCAGAAAAAGAAAAAGAAGACUAAGAAAGAAUCUAUUCAAAUCGACAAGAAAGCAUCAAAGAAAAUUACUGGGAUUAAUGUCAGAAGAUCCUCUAAAUCGAUGAAGAAGCAUGGAACGAGUAAGAGCAGAGAGACAUCGCUUAAUGUCAAAUCUAGCUCGAAGGUACUAUCAACUUUGAUGAGCAAGAUUAAGCGCAAGAAGUUAAUCAGAGGAGGAAAAUCUAGAGCACAUUCUUCAGAGUUGGAUGAGCUCACUCAUCAGAGAAGUACUGAACGUACUUCUUACCAGAGCUUUAAAAGAAGCUUGUCUAAAAAUAGUAAGGAAAGAGUAUUUGUCAAAAGAAGUUCUUUGAGUAAGCACAAGAAGAACCAUAAGACUUGUGGAUCUUCAAAUACUCUUCAGCAGUCAAGUAAAUACAGUCGGAAUUCUUCAGGAUCUGGUCUGGUUGUGUUCCAGUCUCACAUGCUUCACCCCGGGAACGUUAUUAAGCAGAAUGAGAGGCCAAGAAGAAGUUACUAUAGAAAGUACAGGAUGAAAACUUCAAGAUAA